UUUCUGCCUUGAAUUUCUUUUAUCUCCGUUUUUUAGAUUUAAAUAAAUUUUUCAUGCUAUGUUUCGACAGUUAAAGCGCCUCUCUUCAUUCAUGGACGUUAUCCCUAACGCGUUUUUUCUUCUUUUUUUUUUGCGGACUCGUGUGUAAACACUUAGGAGUUAUGACAAAGCUUCUGGUUGAGUUUGUAUUCAGAAUGAGAACUUUUAGAAGUUUAAAAGUCGCAAGGCUAAAUAUGCGGUCGUCUAAGGCAGAGAUGGCGCUCCCACUAUUGGCUGGUUGUGGCUUCAAGUCGAGCAGUUGAGACUUACGCAGCCGAGCCAUUGGUGCGUAAUGGUGCACGACUGGACGGCAGAUGUUUCACCACCGGGACACUCUGUCUCUGCACACAUUAUCUGAACCCUUCUGAGUUUUUUUUUUUUCUUCUUAGCGUAGGCGUGUGUUAACUUGGUCUCCUUGCGAUUUAAAAGUUACCUAAGGAAGAAAGAGAGGAAGAAGAAGGGGGGGAAAAAAGUGGACAACCUCUUCAAACCGUCCCGGUUUUUUACCGGGGAGUUGUCGUCAUCAGUACCCCAGAUGUCCCCCCCUUUGCUCCCUGAAUGGAUAGGGCAGUCUUGGUCUAUGCAGCUCAUUGCAGGCCAAAAGAUUGGAAACAACUUGUGAGUAUCCGUCAGUUUGGCGUCUAGAGGGAAACGCUCAGAAAUGCCCGGCUGCUUCGCUGGAGCUCAACUCUGAGGACUUUUCUCCUGCAUUUGUGCUUUUCCAGGAGGGAGAACUCUGCUCUCAGUUUGCAGCAAGAAGGAAAACUUAGCGCUGAAGUGGCAGCUCUCACAUUAUUGUCCUCGCUAUGGAUUGUAUGUAUUUAUUGAUGUGCUUUUCACUCAGUCAAGUAUUUUUGGAGUGUAUUUUCGCAGCAAAAGCGCAUGAAAAAAUCUCUGGAAAGUUAAGUGAAUAUGGUCUUAUCGUGCCAUUCAGCACAGACUCCCAUGGCCGGUACAUUUCUCAUGUGGUCUCAGCUGGAAUUGGAAGUAAAGGUGCUGCUGCUCCUGUUGUUGAUGCUGUCUCAGGCUUUGGCAGCAGAAGAAGGGUGGCCCGCAGUGCCCCUGAGAUGCCCUCAGUCACCUCCGCGUCGGCUCAGCACUUAUUUUUCAAUGUUACUGUGUUUGGGAAAGAACUGCACCUCCGCCUGAGGGCCAACAGGAGGCUGGUGGCCCCAGGGGCUUUUGUGGAAUGGCAAGAGGACUUUAAGGAAAAGGCCAAGGAACGAAUCCAAGGAGACUGUGUUUUCAGUGGAGAUGUGACUGACAUGCCAGAUGCUUCUGUGGCUAUCAGCAAUUGUGAUGGACUGGCAGGCCUGAUCCGGACUGAUAAUGGGGAGUUUUUCAUUGAACCCCUUGAGAAAGGCCAACAGGAUGUGGAAGUGAAGGGGCGUGUCCAUGUGGUCUACCGCAGAUCAGCCAUAAAGCAGGAGACAGGCCAGCGAAGGGAAGACCUCCACAAUGAAGUGGCAGACAUUGGGAUUGCAGACCUCCCCAAAGCUCUGGAUCUUGUUGAACAUAAACUUUCUGAGUCUGAGCGCAAGAGGAGGCAUGCGAAGAAAGAUGACUUCAACAUCGAGGUGCUGCUGGCUGUUGAUGACUCGGUGGUCCGUUUCCACGGCAAGGAGCAUGUCCAAAAUUACGUUCUCACACUCAUGAACAUAGUUGAUGAAAUCUACCAUGAUGAAUCUUUGGGGACGAACAUCAACAUUGUCCUUGUCCGCAUGAUAAUGGUGGGGUACCGGCAGUCUAUAAGCCUGAUCGAGCGUGGCAACCCAUCUCGCAGCCUGGAGCAGGUGUGCCGAUGGGCCAACACGCAGCAGCGCCGCGACCCUGACCAUGCCGAGUACCACGAUCACGCCAUCUUCCUCACAAGGCAAGAUUUUGGUCCCGCAGGGUAUGCUCCAGUGACAGGGAUGUGCCACCCACUGAGGAGCUGCACUCUGAACCAUGAGGAUGGCUUCUCCUCUGCCUUUGUGGUUGCUCAUGAAACCGGCCAUGUGUUGGGUAUGGAGCAUGAUGGCCAAGGGAAUCGUUGUGCUGAUGAGACCAGCAUGGGUAGCAUCAUGGCACCACUUGUCCAAGCAGCUUUUCACCGCUAUCACUGGUCACGUUGCAGCAAGCAGGAGCUCAACAGAUACAUCCACUCCUAUGACUGCUUGCUCGAUGAUCCCUUUGAACAUAAGUGGCCCAAGCUUCCUGAGCUCCCUGGAAUAAAUUAUUCAAUGGAUGAACAGUGCCGCUUUGAUUUUGGUGUUGGUUAUAAAAUGUGCACUGCUUUUCGAACCUACGACCCCUGCAAGCAGCUGUGGUGCAGCCACCCUGACAACCAGUACUUUUGUAAAACUAAAAAAGGUCCUCCAGUGGAUGGAACAGAGUGUGCACCGGGAAAGUGGUGCUUCAAGGGUCAUUGCAUCUGGCGAACCAGCCAGGAGCCUCAGGGCCAUGAUGGAAGUUGGAGUUCCUGGUCAAAGUUUGGCUCUUGCUCCAGAACAUGUGGAGGUGGAAUUCGCUCCCGCAGCAGACAGUGCAACAAUCCUCCACCUGCCUACGAUGGUAGAGAUUGCCCCGGGUCUGCAUUUGACUACCAGAUGUGCAACACAGAGGAGUGUGCAGGCCCUUACGAGGACUUCCGUGCUCAGCAGUGCGUCCAGAGAAGCAACAAAUACCACAAAAACAUCAAGCACACCUGGCUGCCUUAUGAGCACCCAGAUGAGGCCCGUAAAUGUGAGCUGAGCUGUCAGUCAAAGGAAACGGGAGAGGUGGUAUCUAUGAACCAGGUGAUGCAUGAUGGGACAAGAUGCAGCUACUUAGACCCAUUCAGUGUUUGCGCUCGAGGAGAGUGCCUGCAUGUAGGCUGUGACAAGGAAGUUGGGUCUUACAAGCAAGAGGAUAAAUGUGGAGUUUGUGAAGGAGACAACUCUCACUGCCGCACUGUGAAGCUGACACUCACCAAGACCCCUAAAAAGAACGGAAUGCUGAAAAUGUUUGACAUCCCAAUAGGAGCCCGCCACAUAGUCAUUGAGGAGAACGAGACCUCCCCUCAUAUAAUUGCUGUGAAGAAUCAAGUAACUGGAAACUUCAUACUGAAUGAAAAAAGUGAAGACGCCAAAUCAAAGACCUUCAUUGAAAAUGGUUUACAGUGGGAGUAUUCCAUCGAGGGUGAGAGGGAGACAUUGAAAACAACUGGCCCUCUUCAUGAAGGGAUCAUAGUCCUGAUCAUUCCUCAGGAAGAAGAUGCAAAAGUUAGCUUAACGUAUAAGUACAUCAUACAUGAGGACCUGCUACCACUUAUUACCAACAAUAAUGUUCUUCUCGCCGAACUGGACACAUAUGAGUGGGCACUGAAAAGCUGGUCUCCGUGCUCCAAAUCCUGUGGGGGAGGCGUACAGUACACCAAAUAUGGAUGCAGGAGGAAGAGUGACAGCCGUUUGGUGCAUCGUAACUUUUGUGAAACCAGCAAAAAGCCCAAACCCAUCCGAAAACGCUGCAACACCCAAGACUGCAGCCAGUCCACGUGGGUGGUAGAAGAGUGGGGUCCUUGCAGUAAGACCUGUGGAAAACUCGGGUACCAAACCAGGGUGGUGCAGUGCAUGCAGGCGCUUCACAAUGGUACCAACAAAGUGGUCCACAGUAAACACUGCACUGAUGAACGUCCAGAGAUAAGGAGAGCCUGCAACCAUACUGUAUGUCCUGCCCAGUGGAGGACAGGGGCAUGGUCUCAGUGCUCAGUGACCUGUGGCGAAGGCAUUCAGCAGAGGCAGGUGGUAUGCAAGACCAGUGACAACACCAUUGGAGAAUGCGAGGGCGAGAAACCGGAAACAAUCCUCAUUUGCAAAUUGGGACCAUGUUCAGGACAUCCAGGGUCUUCUCUCAACGCACAAACAAUGGAAAACUCUACAAUAAAAGACGAAGCUGUCUAUCUAAGAGUUCCAGAAAACCCUGUACAAAAAAUCUCUUCAAAUGAGCCAUGUCUGGGGGAUAAAUCGAUUUUCUGCCAAAUGGAGGUCCUUUCCCGGUAUUGUUCCAUCCCUGGAUAUUAUAAGCUUUGCUGUGAGUCUUGUGACAAGAAAGAAAGCCUCACCACCCAUGUUUCUGACUUUCACAACACCCCAGUAGCCUUAGCUGAACCUGACAUCUCAGCUCUUUCUCAUCCUGCCUCUUCCAAGCCACCUCAUGUCACCACAACACAGACCCUGCCAAAAACCACUAAAGCCAUCACUCGACGGCGUCUUUUCACUACCCCGCUGCCAACUACAGCUGCCACUUCUCAAGCUUCACCACAGACAAAUGCUGCUCUGCCCCAGCAUCCUACCAGCGAAUCCUUUCUCACUGCUGGAAAGAGAGAUUCAGAUGCUGGGCCUGUUCUACCUCCGGGGCCACCACGGCCUACAGCAGACUCAAGUGGAGGUGCCUCUAAAGAGCACAGCCCAAACAGCACUUUAGGCCCAGCUGCUGCAAGAUCAAGAAGGGACACUUUAGGAUCAGAGAGGGACUCCAGUCACAGAAACUUGUCGGCUCAGAAAUGAACAGUGAACAAUGUUGUGAAUGUGCUGUUCGGUGAAAUGGUCUCAAACAUCAGCACACCCUUUGCAGUAUGUGAUUUACUCAAAGUUUUUCUUUUUUUUUAUUAUUAUUAUUAUUUUUCUGUCCAUGAUAGUGAACUUAGACCAGCCCAGUGGUGGUUACCUCAUCAAAACUUCAGAGCGAUCUGCGCGCACGGCGUCGCUCGGCCGUGUGUGCUUCAAAUAUGAAACGGAAGAAAAAACAAAGUUUAAACAAAGGUGCUGUAAACUAAAAUGACUUCAAAAUGUGAUGACUGCAUUGCUACAUUCAUGUUUUUAUCUGUGUACAGUUGUGCAAGCCUGUUUUUUUUCAAGUGCAUUAGAACUACUAUUAAACUCGUGAACAUAAGGAGGUCAUAGACUAUGGUUUUGGAGGUGCAGGUGCCAGCUAUGGGGUCUGGAGUGUGCCACCAGAAUAAUUAUAAACCUUAUACUGUAUUUAUAAUAUAGAUCUACAUUUUUUAAAGACAAAAAAAAAAAGUCCUUAUCCCUGUUUAGUGUCAUUGUCUCUGCCAGUUGCCAUUUUAUGACAGCUUAUGUAUUAACCUGAUGCAUUCUAUCAAAUACCAUGCUAAUUCCAUUUAUAUAUACAGUAUCCAUCCAUAUUCUUCCACUCUUCUAAGUUCAGGUUGCAGAAGAAGUAGUUUAAUCACAAACCUCCCUGGCCCCCUACUCGAGCUCAUUUGGAGUCCCAGAUGAUAACCCAUGCUGAUAGGGCUCCUUCUUCAACUUGACAGCUCCCUUUAUCCCCACUGUUGCCACGACAGGUGCCAACCAACUUGCAGCCACAGCUCUGUAAAGCCAUCUUGGCAAUGGAGAUGUUGAAAAGUCUGUUCGGACUAAAGUCCCCUGCCUCCUUUGAAUGUUGUCAAAGUUUGAGUGGGAAAGGAAGGUGUCAUAUAUUAGGGCCUCUACCAGAUGUUCUCAGCGCACCCUCACUAAACAUCUUGGCAUGCCAGGCCUGUGUAGCAUCCUGCCUCGGCACAGGAUCCAACUCACCACUAGGUGAUGAUCAGUUGACACCUCAGCUCCUCUUUUCACCUGAAUGCCCAAUACCUGCUGUUGCAGUUCCAACAAUGUAAUUACAAAAUCAAUCAUCUGCCUGUGAUCAAGAGUGUCCUGGUGCCACGUGCACUUUUAUGAACAGCCCUAUCCUGGAACAUGGUGUUUGACCAAUAGAACACCACUCAGGUUUAUAUCAGGCACGCCAUUAUUCCAAUCGCAACCCUCCAGGUCACACAAUCUUUGUUUAGGUAAUUUAGCCAUUGAUUUCUAGUAAAGAUUCUUUCCGUGCUAUGUUUCUCGCUUAUAAUAUCUGCGCAGAAACACAUCAAGAGGAUGAGUUAACAGCCAUGGCACAGAUAUUGCUUCACUGCGUUAUUGUUGUGACUAAGUUACUAGCUAAAGGCCUAGCCAAACGUUGCAGGGAAAUACAACUAAGCAUCUACUGAACCUUUUUUUUUACUUUAAGAAAAAUCAUUUUCUGUCUGUACAGACAGUAUGAGUGUCAAUUUAGCGUCAGUAAGCUUUAGUAAAGUAAGUAACAGCAGAGCAAUAGCUUGAUAAAUGUGCAUAUAUACAAUGUGCUAAUUAGCCAUGUGGUCAUGUUGCUUACCCUCGAUCUGUUAUGAGCUGCUAGAAGCUAAAUUCAGAGUCAUUACACCAAAUUAUUAUUUAAACAACUGCCAGAUUAUCAUAUGUUCUUACAUUUCUAGCUGUUUUUUCCUCCUAGCUUGAUGGUUUUUUAAACAAAUUGAAUAUGCUUAUUAAAUAUACAACUAAGAAAAUGGUAUAAUCAUAUUACCUUACUAACUGAUCACAAUCAAGCACUCGUGAAGUCUACAGUUAUCCUGGAGGUACCCUCCAAACCUCAUGCCAUCACUCCUGGCAGAAAGCUCAGUGGCUUCUCUAUCCCUGGUGCUCUUUUUUGGUGUCCGACAUACCGCUGAUUAUCCUCACUGAUAGGAAAAAAUCAUGACUGUUUGCAAGCCAACCCCACUGUAGCAUGCCCGCUGUCUGUUUCUGUGGAAGUCAGUUAAUUAAUGCUUUAAAAUGCUUUUCAGAAUAUAACGCAUUAUGAUAUUUUUUUUUUUUUUUGUAACUGAUGUUUUUCAGAUAAUAAUGUAUAUAGUGUAAAUUUCAAGUUAUGAAAAGUUGUGUUGCAACUCCAAAAUACAGGCCAUGCUGUCUACACACUGUGGUUGGGCGUACUGUUACACCAGUCCUGCAUUGCGGUUCAUAACGUCAUUAUUUUUAUUGUAUAAUUCUUGUAUAUACGUACCUAAAUGAAAGCUUUAAUGUUAAUAUUUAUUGAAUUUUUAAGUGGUAUGGUGAACAAAGUAAAACACAUUUGAAAGAU